UGUUUGUUUACCUGCAAAGCAACUUCCUCGGACUUCCUCAUGAACAGAGCCAAGCCUUCCAACUCGUAGGAAAUCAACUACCUGCAAUUUCUCACAUUGUUUAAUCUUCUAACCUAAAAACAAAAAUGAUCAUAUCCAUUCCAGGUAGGAUGGGCCAACCAGAGAGACAUGAUUAAUGAGUGCAUACUGUUCGUUGAGAAUUGACUACCAAAAUUUAUUUUUUUAAACAACACAUGGGAAAGUGGCGGCAUCCCACAUCGUAGCAUGAGACCCACAGCUCAACCAUUUGACAACCACUUACGCAUUAUCUACUUCAUUUCCAGUUUUCUGUUUCUGAGAAACCAAUAAUUCCCUUCCACAAGCUUGUCCCUUGUUUCUAUUAUACUAUCAUCAAUGGCGGACCAACAUUCCACUUCCCACCUCCACCGUCCGCUUCUGCCCACGCCCACCGUCGUCUCCACCACCCGUUUUGACUGCAAAAACUUCUUCUCCUCCAAUUCUGCCGUCUUCCUUCGCCUGGCAUUAUUCCUCUCCGUCGGGCUGGUCUCUUUAUGGGCCAACCACGAAGCAUCUAAAGGCUUCCAAGUCCAAAUCUUUAACGAUGCCAGAGAUUCUCCGGCUGGCAAGCGAUUCGACCUCUUCUACAUCUCUAAUGACCGAGCCACCAGAAUUCUCCUCAGCGGCAGUACUUUCGUCGAGCACUUGAUCUACGCCCCAGAAGACCAUCCAAAUCAGAAGAAGCCAGUUCGCAGGGUCGGCCUCCGUCUUGCCUCCACCAGCAACCUAACCGCCGAUGAAACCGUCACGAACCACGGAGGCGAAUUUGUCAUCCGAUUGAGUCCGUCCCUGAUGCAACGACCGACUUCCGGGAGCAUAGACUCUGCAAUUGCUUCCGCCGUCUUGCGAGGCAUGGCAAGAGUCUGGUUGUGGGACGGCGGGGAGGAGUCCAGAGCUCCGUCGUGGGUGAUCGAAGCUGCCGUGGAGUGCGUGAGCAGAAUGGCAGGUUUCGGCGUCGGUGGUAGCUGGGAGGAGUUGCCGGCGGAGAACGGUGGCGGCCGGCGGCGGCUGUGCUGGGGGGAAACGACGGAUGCUAGGAUGCUCGCGGGAUUUAUGGAGCACAGCGAGCGGCAUAGCAAGGGAUUCAUCCGGCGGCUGAAUCAAGCGCUGAGGAGCGGGUGGAGGGAUCGAGCGACGGUGGAGGAAGCGGCGGGGAUGACGGUGAAGCAAAUGUGUGAAUCAUACAAGCACUCUUCACCUCCAAAUUCCGUACUUGAUUUAUGACGAAAUUCUGAUUUGUGUGGCUAUAUAGUUUUCUCGGAAUAAUUUGAUUACUAUUAUUUUUUAGCCAAAAAAUAUUUAAUUCGUUCAAAUCACUCAGCUGACGGUGAAAAAAAGACAGCCUCGCUCAUUCAUCUACCGCCUUUCUGGUCGCGAUUUGUCUUUUUCUUUUUCUUUUCCAUCUUGUUCCAACAUCAAUUUUGUAACACCCUAACCCCGUCGGUAGUGACAGGGCUGGAAGUUUGGUACCGGUAUUUGGGAUAUACCGAAUACCGUACCGAAUUUGUUUAUAUUUGAUAUUAUCGAAUACACGUAUUAUUUUUUGGGAUUGGGAUCGGGAUUGAAUUUCAAUUGUUAUUCGGUAUUAGGGAUUACGAGAUUGGGAUCGGGAUAUACCGAAAUAUAAACUAGUUUGUAUUUUAUCAUCUCAACUAGACUCUUUCAUUUACUACUACAUGACCCUCAACCACCAAAAGUGUCAUUUAAUUAUACACAGAUCAUUCCACUCUCCUUAAUAAUAUCCUAAUUCAAAACUCUUUGCUUAGUCUUUUCCCCCUAAAUUAAACAAUAAAGUCUAUUUUAUAUAUUUAAUUAUUAAUUACAAAGGUAAUUAAUUUCAUAUUCGAUGAUACCGAUUGGGAUACCGAAAUAUUUAGGGAUUGGGAUACUGAAAUUAUUUAGGGAUUGGGAUUGACUUUAAGGUGUAAUUCGGUAUUCGGGAUUUCGGUAUUUGGUAUUGGGAUACCGAUACCGUAUCAAUUUCCACCCCGGCGGCGUCGGGUACUGCUAUUACCAAAAUGCCCUUGAUAAACCGUUAACCAAAAUAAGAACCAAACAGACUGGGAAAAUUAGCGGGAUACUUUAUUUUAAAUAUCCAUAAUAAAUACGUUGAAAUUCAAAUAACAAUUUCUUGAAAUUUUCAUAAGAGAAAAUCAUAAACAUCUUUAAUAAAUGUGCAUCAAGUCUCGAGCCCUACUAAUACACGAGAUUAGAAACUUCGUACUGGAGUUCUCUAGGUCCAUUGAUCCUUGUCACGAACUGCGAACUUCUAGCAUACUCUAGAGCUUCUACAAUUCCUGAAUGCGGGCGAUGGGGUCAGUCCUAGUCCUAAUUUUGUUAUCAACCAUUAACACAUAAUUAUGCACAUGCAAAGCCUUGGGUACGUUAUUGAGUACAUUAGUAGAAGUACAUUAUUAUUAACAUAUUCUUACUGAUAGUAUUUUCUUCUUACUUAACUUGAAAUGGGAUCCCACUCUCGACUUAACUAGCACAACCGUCCGACCACCAAAACUUGAUAAUCGUGAUAAACUUGAUAACGUGAUAAAUACUUCCUCACAAUGGGAAGGGAGCCUGAUAAAUACUUCCUCACAGUGGGAAGAGAGCCUGAUAAACUUGAUAAAUACUUCCUCAUAGUGGAAAGAGAACCUGAUAAACUUGAUAAAUACUUCCUCACAAUGGGAAGGGAGGUGAUCGCGCACGUAGCUAGCUAAGUGAAGAUUAAACGUGUUCUUACUUAUUCGUACUUAUUAACUUGAUAGUUCUUACGCUUGAUUGCAUGCCUGAAAAGCUUGGUGCUCUCCCAUACAAUGGGAAGAUCUAAACUUGUUAACUUGCACUUAAUUAGCUUGUAGUUGAACUUGUAGUAGCUUGACUCAUACACAGUUUACUUAUGCUCGAUGAUGCUAUGCAUACGUAAAGUAAAUGUUGAACAUAAAGAGCUUAACUUAACCAAGAAACAUGUAACGAAUAACUGAACAUAAAGCAAGAAGUGAAAUGCAUACAUAAACUUAAAUGCAUGAU